AUGGAACUCGAUUCUCUGCGGAGAAACUCGAGGACCCAGAAAUGGAUGAGGGUAGCUCUCGAGCUUUCGAUGGAGUUUCGGGGUUGUUUCACGUCGCAGAUGGAAGCGAAGAUGAAGAUCGCGAUGAAGGAGAUGAAAAGCGGCGAGACGAGGAAGAAGAAGAAGACAGGCUGCACGGAUGGUGGUGUUUCGGUCGCCCACCUGCUGCCCAUCGCCGCCCACUUGCUGGCUGCCACCUCCCGCCAUUUGCUGUUUCCGGCUGUAGGCUGCUGCCUGCCGUCCAUCGGCCACCGUCUCAUCUUGCCGCCCACCUCCCACCGCAGCCCGCCUCCCAUCGCCGGCCACCGUCUCCCGCCGCCGACCGUCCUCCUCCCGCCGUCCACCAACCACCGUCUCCCGCUGCCGGCCGCCCUCCUCUUGUCGCCGCUCGCCUCUCCCCAUUUGCCGUCUCUGGUCGCCGUCGUCCACCGGCUACUGUCUCCCGCUGCCGGCAGCCUUCCUCUAGUCACCGCUUGCCUCCCGCCAUUCGCCGUCUCUCGCCGCUGUCGUCGACCAGCCACCGUCUCCAGCCGCCGGCAGCCCUCCUCUCGUCACCGCUUGCCUCUCGCCAUUCGCCGUCUCUCGCCGCUGUCGUCGACCAGCCACCGUCUCCAGCCGCCGGCAGCCCUCCUCUCGUCGCCGCUUGCCUCCCGCCAUUCGCCUUCUCUCGCCGCCACCGUCCACCUACCACCGUCUCCCGCCGCCGGCCGCCCUCCUCUCGUCGCUGCUUGCCUCCCGCCAUUCGCCGUCUCUCGCCGCCGCCAUCCACCAGCCACCGUCUCCCGCCGCCAGCCGCCCUCCUCUCGUCGUUGCUUGCCUCCCGCCAUUCGCCGUCUCUCGCCGCCGCCGUCCACCAGCCAUCGUCUCCUGCCGCCGGCUGCCCUCUCCCGCUGCUGCCCGUCUCCGGCCAUCGCCCACCUCCCACCGCCAGCUGUUGCCCGCCGUCCAUCGCCGCCGGCCGCCCUCCUCCCACCGCCGCUCGUCUCCCCCCGCCGAUCAUCGUGGGUCGCCGCCCGCCAACCACCGCCCACCGUCUCCCACCUUUGGUCGCCCUACUCCCAUCACCGGCCGCCUCCAGCCGCCUUCCUCUGCACUGGCCGCGUCGCCGUCCAUCGCCCGUUGCCGCCAUCCGCCUCCUAA